UUUUGAUUUUGAAAUUCCAUUUUUUUUUUCGCAUUGAGAGGUCAUUAUUAAGCAACCCAAGAGGUGAGCGAGACCCCCUUCGUUCAAACGCCGCGGCUCCUUUUGCACGGAGAGAGACGGAAAGAGUGAUUUUUUCUGGGCUGAGCUAGAGCGUUUGGGACCAUGGGGCUCACGUUCACGAAGCUGUUUAGCCGGCUCUUUGCCAAGAAGGAGAUGAGAAUUCUGAUGGUGGGUCUGGAUGCUGCUGGUAAGACCACCAUCUUGUACAAGCUUAAGCUCGGAGAAAUCGUCACCACGAUCCCCACGAUUGGAUUUAACGUAGAGACAGUCGAAUACAAGAACAUCAGCUUCACAGUUUGGGAUGUUGGGGGCCAGGACAAGAUUCGUCCAUUGUGGAGGCACUACUUCCAGAACACGCAAGGUUUAAUUUUUGUUGUGGAUAGUAAUGAUAGGGAUCGAGUUGUUGAGGCGAGAGAUGAGUUGCAUAGGAUGCUGAAUGAGGAUGAACUGAGAGAUGCUGUUUUGCUCGUGUUUGCGAACAAACAAGAUCUUCCUAAUGCAAUGAAUGCAGCUGAAAUAACUGACAAGCUUGGUCUUCACUCGCUCCGUCAACGCCACUGGUACAUCCAGAGCACCUGUGCAACAUCUGGAGAAGGCCUUUACGAGGGUUGGAUUGGCUUUCCAACAAUAUUGCCAGCAAGGCUUGAGAUCUCUGAGGAUUUUGACUGGCUUCGCGACGGGCACCGAAUUAUGUUUGGUCUGAAAGGGUUUUAGUCUUUGUUUUUUGUCGAUAUACUGUUGUAAAAGCUCAAAUGGUUUGCUAGAGCUUUAUCUGUGUAAUGUGACAUGGGAUUGCAUAACUGCUGUUUUUGGCUAAAUACAUUUAAGCGGUACAAAUGGCUCUUAAGGACCUUUUUAAA